GAUGGUUGGAUAAAAAAAAUAUAUAGCCUAAAAAUGCAUUAACCUUGAGAAAGAUUCCUUCUUUCAUUAUUCGCGAUUACAGUGACAAUUAUUUGAUGUAUUCAUAUUUUGAUUUCAAAUUAUUCGAUACAAAAUUAAUCGAUUAUAACUUCAGAUAUUCGAUUAUUUGAAUUAAUCAAGCGAUUAACCGACGUCUCUAUCGUCAACGCGGAUUGUGCGGCACAACAAACAACAUUAAACACAGCAUAAAGGUAAAUGAAAUGGAUAGUGGACUUCAAUUUUGAAUCGAAGUGGAAUUAUUUUUUUUGCUGGUUUGAAUUAAUAACAAUCGAUUUCGGGGAGCCAAUAACACCUGUUAAUUAAUAUUCUCAUUAUGAAUCCAAUAUAAAAGCUUUUAUACUACCGAACAUACAUGUAAACAUCGCGAGUGCACCGCGAAAAAAAUCACAUGGCCACCCCCAAGACAUGGUCCUGCGAGUUAUGCCAGAAAAAAUGCGGCUCCAAGAACCUGCUGGAUGAUCACAUGAAUAUACACUCGGGAAGGCGACCUUUCAAGUGCGAUAUGUGUCCGAAAGAUUUUACCUCAAAAUAUAUUCUGGCGACACACUUGAAAACCCACCAGGAGCGGGAGCGAGUUUUCAACUGCCAAGAGUGCGGGAAAGGAUUCUACACCCAACAAUUGCUUGAGAGGCACGAGAGAAGACACACCGCGACUCGGGAUUACAUCUGUCAGGAUUGUGGCAAAGGCUUCAUGUUACAACAUAAUCUGAAUCAACACAGAAUUGUGCAUUCGAAUCACAAACCUUUUGCGUGUCGAACAUGUGGGAAGUGUUAUGCUCGAAAAGUUGAAGUUACGGCUCACGAACGGACGCACACCGGAGAGCGACCGUUUGUUUGUGACAUUUGCGACGCAACUUUCGCUCGGCGGUCAACUUUGCGGUGCCACAUACGAUUCACACAUACGGAUGAAAAACACCACAAAUGCGAUCUUUGUGAUCGAAGCUUCAAGAGACGUCGGCUGCUGGACUAUCACACAAAGGCUCGUCAUACAGGUGAGCGACCGUACAAGUGCGACAUUUGCUCGGCCACCUUCGUUUAUCCGGAUCCUUUCAAGAAACAUAAAAAAAUUCACGCCGGUUCGAAACCAUUCGCGUGUGAGUUCUGCACCAAAUCAUUCACCAAUAGGGAGAACCGAAACACACAUCGAUUCAUUCACAGCGACAAGAAACUUUACGAAUGUGUAACUUGUGGAGCUGAUUAUAUGAGAAAAUCCAGACUUUAUAACCACAUGCAACUCAAGGGCCACCUGAAUGAUACGAUCGUGAUCAAUCAGCCUUUGAUAACGAAGGAAGAUAUGCUAGAAUUCAACACCACGGCCGAAUCGAUUAGUGAGCUGGACGCGGAGGAUGAUGAGGAGGAGGAUAUAGAUACAACAGUCGAGAUGCUUGGCGAAACGGCAGUCGUCUUGGACGACAUGCAUCACCAGAUAGAGGAAACGAUUCACUAUUGUUACGUGUGCAAUAGUGCCAUCUCCAAUUCAACGAAUAAUCUCUGCCAGCUGUUUCCGAUAGUGAGCGAGGAAGAUGAAAUCGUUAGCCCGGCGAACAUUCUUGCAAACAUCCUACAGAUCGAUAUAACUCCGGAACUGUCCCACUCGCAGGUCAUUUGCAUUGACUGUGAUAUCCUGUGCAAUGAAUAUCAGCAACUGCUGGAUCGAUUGGAUUCCAUCAAGCUCCAAAUGACCGUCAGUUACAACAGCACCGUAACGAAGCUGGCCGCCAGUUUGACGGCAAAAGAACUCGUUGACGCGGAAGCCGAAGCUUUGGAUGAUUCUAGCAUAUCACAGGAUUUGGAUUUGCACGAUACCAGCACCGAAAUUAUGGCAAUUCCGAUCGAUGAACUGACCAGUGUCGUUUCGGGGCCAUCUACUGUAGACAUGGAUUCCGACAUUGAGAGUGCCACCCAUGCUGUGGUCCACCAGAUUCCAAGUCUCCAUUUAAUGAAGCACAGCAUCAAAUCAAACCAGGAUCAAUCCCUGAAAAGCAACUCUCGAUCGAUAAUAAAAAUCAUACAGAAGACGCUGCCAAACAGUACCGUAACAUCGUCAGGAUCACUCAAACAGGAAGCGGUUGAUACAUGCGAGGUACCUUCGGCUGCCAUAUCGAUGGAGCAAUUUUUCGACGGGAGUGACGGAAAUAUGGUGGAGAUCAUAACCGAUGGCAACUCGACGGAUUACAUUUACGAGAAUGUAAUCGAAACGAUCGGCGGUUCAGAUGAAGCGAAUCCAAGUGGGAGUGAUGAAGCGUUAACGCUCGACUCGGGCAGUUCGGCCGGUAUUCAGCACCAUCAUGACAAUCUGGUGGGUGAUGUGGAAUUGGCGUUCACAGAGCAAGCCUUCGGCCAGGAAGCGGACCCGGACAGUGCCCAAAUACUGAUUGCGGCAGCGAACGAGAGCCUCAAUCGAAUCAAGUCGAAGCUGGAAUCGCUAUUCUUCAAAAGCAACGACAACUACUACUGCGCGCUUUGCAAAGCGGUCGGCGCACCGAACACUGCCCACAAUGUGAAAACCAUUGCCCUGCAUCUGAAAACCGACCACGACGAGAAGAUACUUAUCUGUGAACAUUGCGACGCGGUCUUCUGGCGGCGGACAGAGUACAACGAACAUCUGGACCAACACGUCGCUUCGGAGCUGACCGAUUUCCGGUGCGACAUUUGCUCGACCAAGUUCAACAACAUUCGAACGUUGCGAAUGCAUCGGAAGAAUCACGUGGCUACCCCCAAAGUUUGGUCGUGCGAGGUGUGUCAGAAGAAGUACAGCUCUAAAAAUCUGCUGGAUGAUCACAUGAAUAUGCACUCGGGCAGGCGACCUUUCAAGUGCGACAUGUGUCCGAAGGACUUUGCCUCGAAGUAUACGCUGGCGGCCCAUUUGAAGACACAUCAAGAGCGGGAACGAGUUUUCAGCUGCAAAGAAUGCGGGAAAGGAUUCUACAGCCAAAAUAAUCUCAUCCAGCAUGAGAAGAUUCACACGGGGGUGCGGGAUUACGUCUGUCCGGAUUGUGGCAAAACCUUCAUGUCGCAACAUAAUUUGGACAUUCAUAAAAUAGUACAUUUGAACUACAAACCCUUCGUAUGCCGGACAUGUGGGAAGGGCUUCGCUCGUAAGGCCGAGAUUAAGGAUCACGAACGGACGCACACCGGAGAGCGACCGUUUGUUUGUGACAUUUGCGACGCAAGUUUCUCUCAGCGGUCGAAUUUGCAGUCCCACAAACGAGCGACACAUUUCGAUGACAAGCGAUACAAAUGUGAUAUUUGUAAUCGAUGCUUCAAGAGACGUCGACUGUUGGAUUAUCACAUAAAGGCUUGUCACACUGGUGAGCGACCGUACAAGUGCGACAUCUGUUCGGCUACCUUCAUUUACCCAGAGCACUUCAAGAAGCAUCAGAAGAUUCACACCGGUACGAAACCCUUCGCGUGUGAGGUCUGUGCCAAAACAUUUAACAGCCGGGACAACCGGAACGCGCAUAGAUUUGUGCAUAGCGACAAGAAACCUUACGAGUGUGUAACCUGCGGAGCUGGUUUCAUGCGGAAACCUCAGCUGUACUCACAUAUGCUGCUGCGGGGUCAUCUGAAUGAUACGAUCGUAAUCAAUCAACCACGGAUAACGAACGAAGAUAUGCUAGAGUUCGAUACCACGACCGAUUCGAUCGGUGAGCUGGAUCCUAAGGAUGGUAUCAUUGUGAGAGAUGAUGGCCACGAUGAAGAUGACAUCCUGUCAACGGACGAGUACUACGUCAAGGAGGAGCAUGAUGAGGUUGAAGAAGCGAACGGAGAGGUGAUACCCGGAACCAGCCAAACACAACUCCAGCUUGGAAACGCAGUAGAGCUGUCUGAGUCCACCGCACUGCUUGCGAGUACCGACGAUUUCAUUGACAGCUCCGAUAUCAUUAAUGGGGAUGAUGGUUUGCAACUGGUGAAGCUUAAGAUCACCAAUCCGAAUGACAAGAAUAGCAUCACUUGGGUUAAUUUCGUUCCUCAGUGAGGAAAGUUCUGAACGAUGAUUCCAAAGACAGUAAACGUCAAGCUAGGAAAUUGAUGUAACAAAAACGCAACUUGCUUUUAGUUAUCA